AUGGCUAACGUCGCUCUACUCGGUUCUACUGGCAUGGUGGGGAGCUGCAUUCUCACCAGCCUGCUCAAAAACCCCUCUAUCGCCCGCGUGGACACCAUCUCCCGCCGCACGCCGCAACCUGCCACGGCCGCGCCGCAGGAGAAGCUCACCACCUUCGUCUCCGACGACACCUCCAAGUGGGCCGAACAGCUCGCGUCGCUGACCCCGACCCCCAGCAUCUACAUCUCCGCCUUCGGCACCACCCGCGCCGCCGCCGGCGGGUUCGACAACCAGUACAAGAUCGAGCACGGUCUGAACGUCGAGACGGCGCGCGCCGCGCGCGACGCCGGCGUCAAGGUGUACGUGCUGAUCUCCUCGUCGGGCGCCGACAAGGGCUCGUUCUUCGCCUACCCGCGGAUGAAGGGCGAGAUCGAGGAGGACGUCAAGGCGCUGGGCUUCGAGCGGACCGUCAUCCUGCGGCCCGGGCUGAUCGGCGGGCAGCGCGAGGAGAGUCGCCCCGCGGAGGCGGUGGUGCGUGGGUUCGCGGGUCUCCUGGGCAAGGUCCACUCCAGCCUGAAGGACGGAUGGGCGCAGGAUGCCGAUGUCAUCGGCCGGGCCGCGGUCAAUGCCGGGUUGAAGGCGCUGGAGGGCGAUGUCCCUGCCGGUAUUGAGAAGGUCUGGACGCUGCAUGGCAGCGAGAUCCUUCAGUUGGGUAAGGAGUAG